AUGUCUUCAUCGAAGUUUUUCACCGUGGCUGCGGCUACUUUUGCAUUAAUUACUCCUGCUGCCGCUCUCUAUGAUGCAUCAUCAUCUGCAAAUUUGGCUUUGUAUUGGGGUUCCGGACCAUCUCAAACCAACCUUUCAUAUUACUGCGAGCAAUCUACAGUAGACAUCAUUCCAUUAGCUUUUAUGAAUGUUUUCCCAGCACAAGGUGAUGGUUAUCCAGCCGAGAACUUUGGUAAUGCUUGUUAUGGUCAACCAAUCUUCACUCCAGGUCCAGGUUAUCCACUGGGGGAUGUAGACACUUCGAAAGAUCAACUUUAUGUUCAAUGUCCAAACAUUCAAGAGGGGAUUCCUUACUGUCAAUCAUUAGGAAAGAAGAUAUUGCUUUCUCUUGGAGGAGCAUCCAACACCUAUCAACUUACUGGUGCAGCUGAUGGAGAAUACUUCGCUGAUUUCUUAUGGGGAAGUUAUGGACCUUUCAAACAAUCUUGGUUGGAUGCUGGUGGAAUUAGACCAAUGGAUGGUGGUUACUAUGGAACUGAUCCUAGUGUCCAUAUUGAUAUUGAUGGAUUCGAUUUCGAUAUCGAGUUUGGUCCUACUGAUUACUCCGAAGGUUACAUUGCCAUGAUCAACAGACUCCGAGAACAUUUUGCCGAGAACCCAUCGAAGAAAUACUUCAUUUCAGGAGCUCCACAAUGUCCAUUGCCAGAACCAAACAUGGGAGCCAUGAUUGCUGGUGCCCAAUUUGAUCUUUUGUGGAUUCAAUUUUAUAACAAUGCCGCAGCUCAAUGCACAGCUCGUCAAUGGGCCGAUAACUAUGCUUUGACUGGAGACGAAGACUCUGCAGAAUUCACCUAUAAUCAAUGGGUGUCGACCAUUAACAGUGGUGCUAGUGCUGGUGCCUCAAUCUAUCUUGGUCUCCUCGGUUCUACUGAUGCAGGAACGGCAUCCGACUAUAUUUCUCCACUCGAGGCUCAAAGUUUGAUUGAAUCUUAUCAUGAAAAACCUCAAUUCGGAGGUGUCAUGAUUUGGGAAGCUACAUAUUCUCAAGAAAACACAGAUGCCGAACUUAAUGGAGAUUCUUAUCACGGAUUCAUUAAAUCUUGUUUGGAUUCUUACGCACCACCUCCUCCCACUUCGACAUCUUCGAUUGUUCACAGUACUACUAUUAGUAGUUCCAGCUCCACUUCGGAAGUCUCUAUCACUUCCAGUGUUCCAACAUCGAUCGAAUCAUCUGCUAAUGCUAGUAGCACUGUGAUUUCGAUCUCAAGUACUUCAACCUCGGUUUCGGAAUCUUCUGCCACCCCAACUUUGACUUUUUCGGAAUCUUCUACUGCUACAUCUUCGAGUUUAUUGGAGACCUCAACUACUCCAUCGCUUACUUCUGCAUCAGUUUUGGAGACCUCGGCCGCCACAUCCUCUUCAUCAUUGGAAUCUUCUGCUGCAGGAUCUUUCACUUCCUCAGAAGUUUUACCAGCUCAAGCAUCAUCUGGCUACACCGUUCCAGGAUAUUCUCACAACGCGACAUCUUAUUUAACCCACUCGCAAAUUCAUUCCUCCAAGCCAGCCGGAAGUGUUACAUUGCCAGUUCACUCUUCAAAACCUACUGGUAGCUACACAUUCACCGGAUAUUCUUCCAAAUCUACAAGUAUUGCAACAGGCUACACCUCGAAGUCUCACUCCGCUAAGCCAUCUUCCAGUCACACUUCAGUUUACUCCUUCAAUUCUACUGCUAGUGGAAGUGUACACUCGUCCAAACCAUAUUCCACCAAGUCUGUUGUCACAGGUACUGGAGUAUCUAUCAAGCCAUACCCUACCAAAUCUUCCAUCAUUGGUACUGGUCAAUCUAGCAAACCACGCCCUACCAAAUCCCUUGGAACUGGUGUUAAAUCCUGCAAGAGCAGGUCCAAGACCAGGACCAAGACUAAGACUAAGACAUCUGCAGGCCCAUCAGGAUACCCAGGAUCUACUUCUUCCAUCGUUAUCUCGUCUACCGCGCCAUAUGGAAACAGUACCAACAAUUACUCAGAAACUGCUCCAGCUUCCACUGCCACAUCUUCAGUCGAGGGAAUUACUGUAUCUUCAGGUACUGUUACUGAAACUGUACCUGGAUUUAGUGCAACCGAAUCAACCGUGGUAGGAUCUUCGACAAUUGGUUCCAGUGAGAUCCCAACUGGAUCUACUACCAACAGCGGAUCUGUAACAUCAGAAACUGGUUCUAUCUCUGCUAGUGGAUCUCUUUCUUCCGGACUUGGUUCGAUAACUUCGGCUAUUCAAUACACCACUUCAACAGCCUAUGUUACUACAGUCUAUACAAUUACUUCCUGUGCUGCAACAGUUACUGAUUGCCCAGGAAGAAUUGGAUCUGUAACCACUGAAACUGUUUCCUCCUACACCACUGUCUGUCCUGUCACUGCCAGUGCCACCUCAACCUCUUCUGGUGAAGGAAUUUCCGUAUCUUCAAAACCAUCUUCAGCCCCAGGAGUCCCUACAUCGCAAACAGCAUCUUCUUCCGUUCAAGGACUUACCACAUCUCCAGUAUCCUCAUCUUCAGCCCAAGGAACUGCUACAUCACCAAUUACUUCAGUUGUUCAAUACACCACCUCUACAGCUUAUAUAACCUCUGUCUAUACCAUCACAUCCUGCGCAGCAACCGUAACCGAUUGUCCAGGCAGAAUUGGUUCCGUAACCACCGAGACAAUUUCCUCAUACACUACCAUUUGUCCCGUAACAGAAACGAGUGGAAAUAGUGGUCUCGUUAGCUCCACAUCUUCCACAGCUGGAGUACCAGUCCCAACCACAGCAAAUACUUCAUAUGGAACUUCAACUGUCUAUCAAACAUCUGUUUAUACUAUCACUUCAUGUCCUCCAAGUGUAACGGAUUGUCCGGCGAGAUCAGGUCAAGUCACUACUGAGACCAUCUCAUCAUAUACUUCCGUAUAUCCAAUCACUGUUUCUAGCACUCUUGUCAAUAUACCUACCUCUGGGGUUUCUUCUGCAGCCGGAAUCGAAACUUCGAUACCAGCUAUCAAGAAUUCUUCCACCGCUGCCAUUUUCACCUCAGCCCCUUCAGUUAGCGCUUCAUCCAUCGCCGGUAUAUCCUCACCAACCCCAACCAAGGAAGCUUCCUCCGCCGCCGGCAUCGAAACCUCAAUCCCAGUCAUCGAAGCAUCUUCCUCUGCCCCUACCCCCGAAUCCGCAUCCCCAACAAGUCUCUACACAACCCUAAUCUCUACUCUUAUCAAUUCUCAAACCGCCACUGUUUCCGCUAUCAUCGCACCUUCAAUCAUCACCGUUGUUCCCGUUGCAAUCGCAUCUCCAUCUCCAUCUUCAGCUACCAGUAUCGCGUCACCAUACAGCAUCGCACCACCCUAUGGCGCCGGAAACAGUACUCUAGUCGCCACCGGAACCGCAUCAUCGAUCACCAGAGUACCAAAACCAAGUUCGUAUGUGGUUAAAGCAGAGGGUGAGAGUACUAGUGUGAAGAGCGGAAGUGUGACGACGCAGAUGCCAGGGGCGAGCCCGAGUGCGGUUACUUUUGAGGGGGGUGCGGAGAGGUUGGUUAGGGGAUUGGGAUUGGGGGGCUGGCUUACGGUGGGGAUGAUGGGGUUGGUGCUUUUGGUUUAG